UCUAGAGCCUCUGCCUCUGAUUCCAGCGGGGCAGGAGUGCGAGAGGAGCCAGCAGUGCUCUAUAGAGGGGCUUAAGCCGAGGCCACACUAGUGCUGUCUGUGGGCUGAGGAAGACACAUACGUUCCAUACACUUAUCUCUCAAGUGCAACUUGAAACCAAAAAAAAGACAAAAUGUCUAAAGGUCCAGCAGUAGGUAUCGACUUGGGCACCACCUACUCAUGCGUUGGCAUCUUCCAGCAUGGCAAGGUGGAGAUCAUUGCCAACGACCAGGGGAACCGAACCACACCCAGCUACGUUGCCUUCACAGACACGGAGAGAUUGAUUGGAGAUGCUGCCAAAAACCAGGUGGCCAUGAACCCCAACAACACUGUGUUUGAUGCCAAGCGUUUGAUUGGCCGACGGUUUGAUGACCCAGUGGUGCAGUCAGACAUGAAGCACUGGCCUUUCAAGGUGAUAAGUGAUGGGGGCAAGCCAAAGAUGGAAGUGGAAUACAAGGGAGAGAUUAAGACCUUUUAUCCUGAGGAGGUGUCCUCCAUGGUCCUCACUAAGAUGAAGGAGAUCUCUGAAGCUUACUUGGGCAAGCCUGUAACAAAUGCAGUGAUCACAGUACCUGCCUACUUCAACGACUCCCAGAGGCAAGCCACCAAAGAUGCUGGUACUAUUUCUGGCCUGAAUGUUCUCCGCAUUAUCAAUGAGCCAACGGCAGCCGCCAUUGCCUAUGGACUGGACAAGAAGGUUGGUGGUGAGCGUAACGUCCUCAUCUUUGACCUGGGUGGUGGCACUUUUGAUGUGUCCAUUCUGACUAUUGAGGAUGGCAUCUUUGAGGUCAAGGCCACAGCUGGUGACACCCACCUCGGGGGUGAGGAUUUUGACAACCGUAUGGUCAACCACUUCAUUGCUGAGUUCAAGCGGAAAUUCAAGAAAGACAUCACAGGCAACAAACGAGCAGUGCGUCGUCUGAGGACGGCUUGCGAACGUGCCAAGCGCACGCUGUCCUCCAGCACACAGGCCAGCAUUGAGAUAGAUUCACUCUACGAGGGUGCUGACUUCUACACCUCCAUUACCAGGGCACGCUUCGAGGAGCUCAAUGCUGACCUGUUCCGUGGUACUCUAGAGCCUGUGGAGAAGGCCUUGCGCGAUGCCAAGUUGGACAAGGCCCAGAUCCAUGACAUUGUGCUUGUUGGAGGCUCCACUCGCAUUCCCAAGAUUCAGAAACUACUGCAAGACUUUUUCAAUGGUCGUGAUCUGAACAAGAGCAUCAACCCUGAUGAAGCAGUUGCUUAUGGGGCAGCGGUCCAGGCAGCCAUCCUCUCAGGCGAUAAGUCAGAAAAUGUCCAAGACCUCCUGUUGCUGGACGUCACUCCUCUGUCUCUGGGCAUUGAGACAGCCGGAGGUGUCAUGACUGUGCUCAUUAAGAGGAACACUACAAUCCCCACCAAACAGACCCAAACCUUCACCACCUACUCAGACAACCAGCCUGGAGUGCUGAUCCAGGUGUACGAAGGAGAGAGAGCCAUGACAAAGGACAACAACAUUCUAGGCAAAUUUGAGCUGACAGGCAUCCCCCCUGCCCCCCGAGGUGUGCCACAGAUUGAAGUGACCUUUGAUAUUGACGCCAAUGGCAUUCUCAAUGUGUCUGCUGUGGACAAGAGCACUGGCAAGGAGAACAAGAUCACCAUCACAAAUGACAAAGGACGCCUGUCCAAGGAAGACAUUGAGCGCAUGGUGCAGGAGGCUGACAGGUACCGGGCAGAGGAUGAAGCCCAGAGAGAGAAGGUCACAGCCAAGAACACUUUGGAGUCCCUGGCCUUCAACAUGAAGAGCACAGUGGAGGAUGAGAAGCUGAAGGACAAAAUCAGCGCUGAUGACAAGAAGACAAUUGUGGACAAGUGCAAUGAGGUCAUCGCCUGGCUGGACAGGAACCAGACUGCAGAAAAAGAUGAAUAUGAGCACCAACAGAAGGAGCUGGAGAAAGUCUGCAACCCCAUCAUCACCAAGCUUUACCAGGGUGCUGGGGGCAUGCCAGGUGGAAUGCCUGGUGGCCCAGGAGGUUUCCCUGGAGGUGCAGGUGCUGGCGCUGGCGCCUCCUCUGGCCCCACCAUUGAGGAGGUUGACUAGACCUAAAACCAUACAGACAGAGAGAGAGAAAUUCAAGCAUCAGUAACCACAAAGAAGAGUCCUUUUUUCAACACACCUCACACCAAGGCCGUAUUUCAGUGAAUCUCAUAGAAUUUGUUAAUGGGAGCCAGUGCCAACUGAGACCAACAUACAGCUGACCAAAUCAGUGUGUCUCUUAUGUAAUAACACAAUAUUUAUUUUAGUGCAUUAAUGCAUUUAACUAUGCAUUAGUUGUGUUUUAAUCAAUAAACUUUAGUCCAUCUUCUGAUGAUUGGUCACACUAAGUACUAUGCUUAGCUCAAGGCCUUUUUUUGUGCCAUUACUUCCUCCUUUGUAGCUACAUUUCCUGGCAGACUUCCUCUUUUCUACUCUGAGCUACGUAGCAGGUUCUGUGGUGAACAUUUCAUCCACUCCACUCUCUUGAAUAAAAUAAGAUGGUUUCUUCUCG